CAAAGAAAGUUCAAUUAAUAAUUUACAGGAGCCUUGUUAGCACUGUACACACAAACAUAGUGACUAGUCUUAUCUUUGUCAGCAAGGGGUUCAAAUUGGAAGGAGAAGCAGUGAGCAUUAGCAUUUCAGCUCUUCUGCAGACUCACAACAGAAACGAUGAGAAGGUUGCACAUCCUCUGCUGUUUGCUAGCUGUCUUCUCUACAGCAUGGUCACAGAAAGUUGCUUUUGGGGACAUUGCCCAAGGAAGAGGACCCAGGCCUGUAGAACAGGGAUACAAAAGUGAGUGUGCAACUGAAAAAGAAUGGGCUGCUUGUACAGAUGAUGACUGGGGCCUCAAAUGUCCAUCUGGCUGCAGAAUACAAGGGCUUCUAAGCCAGGCAGAUAGGGAUAUUGCUGGAAGAAUUGACAGAAUUCGAACAUUUCUAGAGGAAAACAGGAACAGGUACAAAUCUACUGACCAGUUCACCAAACAAACCUACGAUUACAUAAGGGAACAACUCAUCUCCGAUUCAGGAAACGAUAAUAAGUAUGUUAAUCUGGCCGAUCAAUUACGUAGAAGAAUUGUUGAUCUGAAGCUAAAAAUUGAAAACCACCUAAGAAUACUUACAAUAUUAAAGGACAAAAUCAGAGAACAAGUUGAUACAAUGCAAGCACUUGAGGUGGACAUUGACAUCAAGAUCCGAGCUUGCAAAGGCUCAUGUGCAAGUGCUUUUGUUUACAAUGUCAACACAGAGAGCUAUGUAACCUUGGAAAAACAGAUAUCUCAGAUAGAAAAAUUCAAUUUGCAGAGAGUUGAAAAUGCUAACUCCCUGAGAAUAGUCAUGACAAGACCCUUAAGGGGGGAUAUAGAUACACCAUCCAGUGUAUAUAAGUCCUCACUGGUUACUGAAGGUGGAGAGAAAAGCAUAUUCGGAGACGUACAGCAACUCCGACUGUCCCUACAAACAGCAGACUAUGAGAUCAAAUCCGGUUCAGCUGAGCUCUCGGUCACUCCAGCAGUUGGGUCAGGUGGUGUUUCAAUUGGCUCUUCAUCUGGUGACAGAGUCAAUGCCAAAGAAACCAGUACCACUGGAAAAUCAACCUCAGAUUCAUCUAUUACUACACACACUAAGGUGGUUAAAUGCACCAAAACAGUCAAAAAGAGUAUUGAUUACACAAAAGAUGGUCCAGUGGAGACCGUUGAAAUGACAGGUGGCUCCUCAGAAUGUGAUCAUUUAGAAAGCUUGGGCACUGAUGAUGCUGUGCAUUCAUCUGUCAAAGAGGGAAAAGGUGACAGUGGUAGCUUUACAAUGAAGGUGUCUGGUACCUCAGUACCUGAGUUACAUUCUCUCGUCAAUAAACACUCAAGUUCCUCCACGAGUACUAAAGAGGUUCGUGGCAGUGGCGGCUCUUCUGUAGUAACCACCUCCACCAGAGAGCUUCCUGAUCACUCAAGAGUUAAAACAGUUGUGCAGUCUGGUUUGGGCAGAGGUGAUGGGGAUUUCGAAAGCGAAUUUGGGGAAGGGGACUUUCGUGCUUUCCAUACAGAAACGGUUUUCCCAGGUGGCAGCAAAAUGUUAGACGGGAAAGGUUCCUCAUCAUAUUCGAAGACCACUGACUACAGGAUGCCUAGCAGUAUCUUGGGCUCAAUAGGUGAUGACUUUAUGCAUAAUGAGGAUGACGAUGAUGUUCCAGACUUCCAUGCCCGCAGCCUGAAGAAAGAAGCAGUGGAACUUGUGAAAGGUUAUGUCGGAAAAGAUUGUGAGGACAUCCGUCAGAAACAUGUCUCUGGUCACACAAGUGGCCUGUACCAAAUCAAGCCAGAUGGAUUAGAGGUAGCAGUGACAGUCUACUGUGAUCAAGAUACAGUGUUGGGUGGCUGGGUCCUGGUCCAACAGAGAAUGGAUGGAUCCGUCAACUUUAACAGAACCUGGGAGGAAUACAAGAUGGGCUUUGGCAGUACCAAUGAACAGGGGCAAGGGGAGCUCUGGUUGGGAAAUAAGUACAUCCACCUUCUGACCCAGAAGGAGAGCAUCCUUAGAGUAGAGCUAGAGGACUGGGAAGGCCAUAGUACUGAUGCUGAGUACCUUGUAGAGGUGGGCCCUGAAUCAGAGGGCUACAGGUUGAAGGUCUCUAAAUAUUCAGGUGAUGCAGGUGAUGCUCUUAUUAAGGGGGAGCCAGGCCUUGGGCCAUUUUUGUCCCAUGUGGAUAUGAAGUUCAGCACUUAUGAUAAAGACAAUGACAACUUUGAGGAUAACUGUGCUGAGAUGUAUGGGGGUGGAUGGUGGUACAAUAACUGCCAAGCAGCCAAUCUAAAUGGUGUAUAUUACACUGGGGGACAGUAUGACCCCCACAGUAAAGUUCCUUACGAGAUUGAAAAUGGAGUGGUCUGGGGGACUUUCAAGCCUCAAGACUACUCACUUAAAAUUGUCAAAAUGAAAAUAAGACCCAUGGAAACCCAUUAAACCACCUCCUGUGGGUAAUUGAAUAGUGUACACAAAUAAUGUAUUGCAACUGGAAAACAUGACCAUAAGGUGUUAUUGUAAACAAUUUUCAGUAAACUUCCUUCAUUCAGCGUA